AUGACGGAUUUGGAAUCACUCUCCGAAAAGGCCCCUCUCCUCCAGAAAGAAGCCAAGGAAAAGAAGAAAAAGUGCAAAAAGUUUUGUCUUUGUUGUAAAAAGAAGCGGGUGGACGAGUAUUAUCAGCAACAAACCGAGCUUAUCGAUGCGUAUCGUGAAGACGACAAGGAAAUCGCUUCCCCAGACGCUACCGCCAAGCAAGAAAAUGCAGAGCAAAAAGGCGAUAGUGUCCUCUCACGAGCCGUCCUUCUCGUCAAUAUUCUUCUCCUAUGCUUUAAAAUAAUUGCAACAAUAUUGACCGGUGGCGCGUCACUUUCCAUCGUGAGUACAUUGUUGGAAAGUGUUGUGGAUAUUACAGGUGGUGCAGUCCUGUGGUAUGCCUCGCAUUCUAUUGUGCAUACGGACUACCGCCUGUAUCCUCGAGGGAGGAGUAAACUGGAGAAUCUCAGCAUCGUCAUUAUUGGCAUUGUGAUGGGGAUGGCGAAUUUUUAUAUUAUUUUCGGGUCUGUGCAAUCGGUGCUCAAUCAGGCGACCUCACCCGGCCUUGAUCUCAUCACAUUGGGUCUUAUGGUUGCUACAAUCAUUCUCAAAUUAAUUAUGUGGAUCGUGUGCUAUCGGAGAGGCACCACUUCAAGUAAAGUCUUGGCCAUUGACCAAAGAAAUGACGUGCUUACAGUUUCUGUGGCGAUCAUCGGCGCUACAACGUCAAAAUACUGGAAAUACGCCGAUCCGCUGGCCGCUUCAUUGAUUGCCACUUACGUAGCAUUUUCUUGGAUAAUGGUGGUCCUGGAGCAGUUCCCGCGGGUGAGCGGACGGGUUUGCACGCCGGAAGAGUACAGUCGCGUAGCCCGGAUAUGCGUCGAACACUCUCAGCAUAUCAAGGGACUGGAUACGUUACUGGUUUACCAUACCGGAGAACGGCUUCUUGUCGAAGUUCACGUGGUUGUCGAUCCAGAUUUGACAUGCCGUGUGGUGCAUGAUGAGGUAAAAAAAUACUUU